AUGUUUAGUCAAUUCACAACCAGAUAUUCUUCUUCUUCUUCUUCUUCGUCAUCCAUUCUUAGAGCUACUACUAGAUACACAAGAAGAACAUUCUCCAUGACUAAACCAACCCCCUCACACGCAACAGCGUCAUCAUCCUCUGCAACCACAAAACCCGCCGAUAGCAAACAAACACCACCUACUACUAAUACUGCUGCCAAUGAUGAUGACGAUCCGGUGACUCACACACAACAACCAAUAAUAUUUGCACCCAAGACGUAUCAAUACACAAAGGGCCACAUGGAUGUAAACGACUUAUUGCCCAAUCCAUUUGAACAAUUUCACAAGUGGUUUAAAGAGGCCCAAGAGCAAUUACCUGCCAAUUCCGAUAUAAUCGUUGAAUCAACAAACUUUUCAACCGCCAGAUUACCCAGCGGUAGAGUAUCCAGUCGGAUCGUUUUGCUCAAGGAGUUGGAUAAAUAUGGGUUUCUCGUGUACUCCAAUUGGAACACUUCGAAAAAGGCUGAGGAUUUCAAUAGUAACAAGUAUGCUGCCUUGACAUUCUUUUGGCCUCACGUACAACGCCAAGUUAGAGUUGAAGGGAUCAUGGAACAUGUGACUAGAGAAACUAGUGAACGGUACUAUAACACAAGACCAAGAGGUUCGAAGAUUGGUGCUUGGGCAAGUCCACAAAGUCAAGUUAUUUCAUCAAGAGAUGAUUUGAGUCGAUUGAAUGAUGAGUAUACGGAAAAGUUUAAGGAUUUACCAGACGAUGCAAUUCCAUGUCCUGAAUAUUGGGGAGGUAUUAGAAUCGAACCCUUGGAAGUGGAGUUUUGGCAAGGUGGUGUGAGUAGAUUGCAUGAUAGAGUUACAUUUAGAAGGGAUGAUAUUGCCAAUCCUAAUUGGGAAGUUGUUCGGCUUGCACCAUAG